CAAUCUUCAUGCCCCGUAGAGGGCAACAUUUAGCUGAUCACUUGUCUGCCAUUCUCCAGGAACAAAAACGACAUUCACCCAGUUUGGUCUUCAGACAGCCAGCUGUACGCGUAAAGCGGCGAGAGGAUACAACUAAUCUCAACAUUUUGAUGUCAUCAUGGGAGCCUGUUUGGCAUUGUGUUCUUUAGCCAGCUGCGCUUCUUGUUUGUGUGGCUCAGCACCAUGUCUGCUGUGUGGCUGCUGUCCCUCCUCCAAUAACUCCACUGUCACACGACUGGUUUUCAGCUUCUUUUUGCUGCUAGGGACCUUGGUGUCAGCUAUAAUGAUCCUUCCCGGAAUGGAAACUCAGCUGCGCAAAAUCCCAGGAUUUUGCCAGGGUGGAAGCACUGUAUUUGGCCUUGAAAACAAGUUUGACUGUGAUGUCAUCGUGGGCUACAAAUCCGUGUAUCGCAUUUGCUUUGCCAUGACCUGCUUCUUCUUUCUCUUCUUCAUCAUCAUGAUUCGCGUCAGGUCCAGCAAAGACCCCCGUGCGCCUAUUCAAAACGGUUUCUGGUUCUUUAAAUUUCUGAUCCUAGUUGGGAUUACAGUGGGAGCCUUUUUCAUCUCUGAUCCGCUCUUCAAUACUGUGUGGUACUAUUUUGGACUAGUGGGUUCACUCUUAUUCAUUAUCAUUCAACUCAUUCUCCUCAUCGACUUUGCCCACUCCUGGAACAAAGCGUGGGUAGAAAAUGCCGAAAAUAAUGACAACAAGUGCUGGUAUGCAGGCCUGGUGUCUUUCACCUUCCUGAAUUACGCCCUGGCUUUCACCGCUGUUGUGUUGUUUUAUGUUUACUACACGCAACCGGAUGACUGCAAAGAGCACAAGAUUGUCAUCAGCCUCAACCUUAUCUUCUGUAUCAUCAUCUCUAUUGUUUCCAUCCUGCCCAAAGUUCAGGAAGCCCAACCUUACUCUGGCCUGCUACAGGCUUCGCUCAUCUCUCUCUACACCAUGUACGUCACUUGGUCCGCACUGACCAACAAUCCAAGUGAGUCUCAUGCACUGAACGAUGCAUUUGUCUCUCACAGACCGGACACCACCACCCAAGCCAUGCGAACCAGCAUGCCGGCCUUGUGGGUGAAGGUGUCUUCCAGCUGGCUGGGUCUCAGCCUGUAUCUGUGGACCCUCGUCGCCCCUCUCAUCUUCCCUGACAGAGAUUUCAGCUGAGCAGACGGUCUUUUCUUUUCUGUUGGUUUCAUUUUCAAGGCUGGCUUUAGUGAUUUGAAAGGGGCAGAACACCACAAUGAAGUGGAAAUAAUACAGGAAAUGCAAUCAAAUUUUGUUUUGCCUUUGCCAUCUUACUUGUUUGAUGACUUCAUGUGAUAAUCAACUGCAGAUAUUAAUGGGCCAGGUUAAUGGGAGCUUGAGCCCCAAGAAGUUAUUCUCGUUUCCCAUGACUCACCUUGAUAGGCUUCUUCUUGCCACCUGAUAAUGGCGUGUGGGCUGUUCUCUUUAUGCUGAACUUUAGUUACCAGACUAUCACGCAGGCUCAGAGAUGAGGCACUUUCGCAAUACCGCAGUUUCAUUUUUAGAUGUCAUGCUGAAGACCAGAUACACCAGACUUCCUGUUCACCACGUCAGGAUCCCCCCCCUUUUGAUUAUUUCAAGGACUAAUUUCAGUGCUAGGGGCAAUGUGGGGAAACCUCCUUUUCGAGCCCCAGUGAGAGGAGUGCAAAAGUGAGAUAAGAAUAAAAUGGCACACCCUACGUAUCUGAUGAGGGUUCCCUUUUGCAACUCAACUGUAGACACAGGCACAUGAUUGCGUGCCACCAGAGAACUAACAAACCCAUUUUAAUCUCAGGUCUUUCUGAUCAAGGUCAAAUAUCCCUGAUGCAACACCUUCUCCAUGUCUGACUGUGUCUGGCCUUGUACGGCCAUGCUCAACCAUCUGUACCUGCAUAGCAGCAAGCAGAGAAACGUAUUGAUCUUUGGCAGCAUGCCGUCCUCACGUAAUGUGCACGGGGCUCUCUCUGUUCACGCGUAUGUCAUCAUUUCCCAAGAAUUCAGAAUACAUGCUGCAGUGUGCAAAACAGUCAAACCAGUUGGAAAACCUGUCUUUGCUGUGAUGUGUGUUCCUGCUGGUUUUAAAAUAAUUACCGCUAGUGUUAUGUUGUUGUUUCCUCAAUUUCACUAAGAAUGGACCCCACCCACACCCCCCAACAUGGUCUGGUGUAUGUGAAAGUUUAUUUUAUCGGUUGUUUGGCCUACUCAAAGCAAUUUUGUGUUUGGGGGAAAAAAUAGUUUUAUAUCAAGUAUUGUACAGUUUUACAAUCAUCACCUGACUUAAGCACAUUAUCAAAGCCUAAUUGCCAGUGUUUUUAUUUUUUUUUAUUUUUUGGGUAAAACUGAAAAUUUCAAAAUGUUCAGUGCCUUCUCAUUUCAUGAAUUAUGAAUGCUGAUGCAUGCUUAUUUUGCUGCACACAUGGUGGGAGGUCAGCUAUUACAUAUAACACAAAAGCUUAUAUAUUGUAUGGAAGUUGGUUUUUAUUACAAAUUAAACACUUUGAUUCGUUGGCGUUGCGCUCA